CCCAUCGAGAUAUGUGAGCGGGUCAUAGAUAUCGUGUACCUCGACAUCACCCAUGCUUUGGAGUAUCGCCUGAAGACACUGCGCGCGUGCAUGCGGGUCUGUCGUGCAUGGGUCCCUCGCUGCCGAUACUACCUGCUGCACGGCGUGACCCUCGAGGAUCGGAAGCAGCUCUGGAAGUUCUCUGCGCUGCUU